AAAAUUAGUGCAAUUGAUUUGACUUUUAUCCGGCUUUAUAAUGAACCGCAUAUUGGAAUGGGGUCCUUCAUUUCAGUUCUUCCGUAAACACAAGACGUUACGAGCUGCGACUCCGUUUUUUUUCUUUUUUAUCCAAAGCAAUUUACUCAUGUUUGUAUUUCUCAGCCCAUGUGCCGUUACCGUUUACUUGGUCCUUUUUGGAUCAACACGAGCAGAAAAUAAUUGUGGUUUGUCAAGGACAUGGCUGGAGACUCUAUCAGUAACAGUGGAUAUCAAGAAAAAUGGUUUUCACAGAGAGCUGGUCACCACAAUAGGCUUCAGUCCUGGUUCUCUAGAUGGCCUAGAGGCACUGUUGGUUUACAGACUACCCAGUGGGAUAUAUAUUGAUCCAUACCAACUUGCAUCUCUGAAAGAAGACACUGGUUUACAGGUACUUUUGAGUUCACCAGUUGACUUGGAGGCUCCAGCACACCUGUCAAAGAAAGUUACUAUUUUUGUAUAUCCUCUUCUGGACCAAGGAGGUUUCAGAGCAACAGUCCCAAUCCAUGGCCGGUAUCACAAGCCCUCUCUUGCAGGGAAGAGUUUUGAACUUGUAAAAAUUGAACAUCCAAAGUUAAUACUUAGGACUAAUACAUGUACACAUCUUUCUUUCCCUCCUUACAAAAUCUUUGAUGCACCCUGCUCUGUUCACAACUUAAGCACAUGCCAAUGGCUUGAGAUCCAACAUCUAGAGAAGCAGGAUCCUGUGAGUUUGGAGAUACCACUUGGUGAUGGGUCUCUGGUAGCACCUGUGUGUGCUGGAAAUUUGCUUGUCAUCCUGCUGUGCUGUAUCAUCCUUUCAAGAAGUAUUUGGAAGCAUGGUGUUUUUUAGACAAUGUAAGUCGGUAAUCUAUCAUACAGCAAUAAAAAAACAAUGGAAUCCUUAGGAAUUUUGAGAAACGCUUACCAAGAAAAACAUACAGGUGCGUUGUCGGUUCUGUUACCCACUUCGUUCCACUACCCAAAAAGUAGGACACUUGACUCUGGGUCUGCCAAAUGGCAAUCAUAAGUUUGGGCAGUGUGCACAUGGUGACAACAAAACCAAUACUAACUUUUAUAACCACCAAAGAACAGGUAAAGAAUACAAUGUUUUAUCAACUGUAACACCACAAAUAUACAUAUUUGGAAUUUGUUCUUGGUAUGGCUUUAUCAUGGUUUUUCUUUGUUUAGCAACCAACCCACCAUUAAAUAUAUUUUUUUGCUGAUGUAGUCCCACCUGCAUGCUUCCCUUCGAAUUGUUUCUUUUUAUAUACAUCGGUAAACACAAUGCUAUGAAAGAACAGUUGACAGACUCACAUUCCUCUCAAUUGCCUUCUCUUUCUUACACCCACACAGUGCAACAUUAAUUUGAAGUCUUGCACUUGUCUAUGUUUGUUGAAACUGAUGUUUCGGAUGUUUGUAUGGGUAAUGUCAAGUUGUCAUGUGUCUUUAAAAUGUCAAUAAAAUCAUAUAAACUAC